AUGAAAUGGAAUGAUGAUCAUCUAGUUGCUUAUGUUCAAUCUUCUCAUAUCAAGGAAGAACAACUACGUCAACAUUGCCAAUCUCAUCUUCCACCACAUAUGAUUCCAUCACUGUUUAUCAUACUUGAUAAAUUACCUCUGAAUCAAAAUGGAAAAAUAGAUAGGAAACAACUUCCUUCACCAGAAUUUGCAUUAUUACCUUUCUCAUCGUCCGAUAAAUCUGAUACUCCUCUUAAUCAGUUCGAAGAACAUAUACACACUAUUUGGUGUCAAGUUCUUCAUUCUAAUCAAAAUAACAUUUCUGGAACUACCAGUUUCUUUAGUGUUGGCGGUCAUUCACUUUUAUUUAUUGAACUUUAUCAUCAUUAUCAAUCGGUAUUUAACUUUGAUGCUCAUGCACUUUCCAUAGCUCCAUUUCUUCAACAACCAACUAUCUGUCAACAUUCACAAUUACUUCAAACAGUGAUAAUGAAUAGUAUCAAGACAACACAAUGGCACACAUUACAUAUUAAUGAAGGUAUUGCUUCUUUCGCUCAAGAGCGUAUCUUUCUUGAUGAACAAGUUCGUUUUUCGAGUGAUAUUGCUAUCUAUAAUGAACUAUCCACUUUACAAGUUGUUCAAGGAUCAUUAUCAUUCAAUCGUUUAUUACAAGCAUUUCGCUUUGUUUUGAAUAAACAUAAAAUACUACGUACAUCUCUUAUUUUCAACAAUGAUAAUAAUAGUUUGAAGCAAUGCAUUACAAAUUCAGACAAAACAUUCACAAUAACUAUAAAUCAAACAUUUCAAAAUGACAAUGAACUUCGAGAUAUUAUCUAUCAAACAACUAUUAACCCUUCUCUCUUCAAUUUAUCAACUGGUCGUGUUUUUCAUGCUGAAAUUCUGAAACAUCAAACAUCACUAAAUGAAAAUGAAAUUAAUAGCAAUGAGUUCAUACUGAAUUCUGAUGUUCUUCUCAUUGCUUUUCAUCAUGCAGCAUCUGAUCGAGCAAGUUUUUCGAUCUUUUUCAAUGAUCUAUGUUUCGCUUAUAAUACUAAUGCAAUAUUAGAAGAAGACGAUGAUGAAUCAUUGCAAUACAUUGAUUAUAGUAUACACGAACAUCUAAUCGAUAUGUCAACAUCUCGUGAAUUUUGGUAUUUACAAUUAGAAGAAUACAGUUUGGAAUCUCGAUUAUCAUUACCAGUUGAUCGACAUCGUUCAUCUAAUGAUCAUCGAUCGAGUUCUGCUUCAGUCACUCACGUCUCUUUUGAUAACGAGAUUUCACAAUCCUUUCUUGAAUAUGCUUCUGUACAUCAUGUGACACCAUUUCAGUUAGGUCUGAGUGUUUUAUAUGCUUCUCUUUUCAAGUUAACGCAUGGUGACAAUGAUUUAUGUAUUUCUUGUCUUAAUGCUAAUCGAUAUCGAAAUGAAUUAGUGAAUCUAAUUGGAAUGUUUAUUUCAACAUUACCAUAUCGUAUUCAAAUUGAUCCUCAAUGGUCAUUUGAUGAUCUUGUUAAAUAUGUACGAGAGAAGUGUUUAUCAAUUCUUGAACAUUCUCAUUAUCCACUUCAACAUAUUCUUGCUGGUUUACAUGUUAAUCAAUCAAAUAUUUCAUUUCUUGAAACAAUGUAUGACUUUAUAACAAUAUCGUCACACAGCGAUGAAUUAUCUUUGGAUGGAGCAAGUUUCAAGCAAGUGUCCUUUGAACAAUCGUCUCAAGUGGCUAAGUUUGAUUUUAUGUUAAUGUUUGUCUUUAAUCCAACAUUGGAAAAUAAUAGAUUAUCAUUUCAUUUAACUUGUUCGCAUGAUUUAUUUGAUGAGAUUACAGUUAGAAAUAUAGGUCGAAGAUUAGAAUACUGUUUUCAACAACUUUUUUCAUCCAAUCAAACUAUCAAUCGAAUUGAUACAUGUAUUACAUCUAUAUCGAAAAUUAAUGUUAUUCUACCAGAAGAAACUCGAGAAAUGGAAGAUAUUAUCUUUUGUCGACAAUCACAUAUUAUAAACGAAGGUAUGUUUAUCUAGAUAUGACGUUUUUCAUAGUUAGCAUUUAAAUUGGCAGUCCACACAUUAUACAGAAAUGUUGUUGAAAAUAUGCUCAUAUAUUGUUCAGAUCAUCCGAUAACCGGUGCUCAACCUUAGGGUGGGUGUAUGACUAUGAAUGAUAUGGAUGUGAUUUCUUUCGUUACAUACACACCCAUAUCCAACUUUCUACACUCUUAUCGACUCAAACCCACACCCUCAAGUUAAUUAUUCCAUUGCUACUUUCUAACUGAAUAUGAAGACGCUAUAAUGUUUUUCAAUGCUUCGGAACGCACUCUUUGUCGUAGUAGUGUAAACUACUUAUUUACAUAAAAUAUUCAGAUUUUAGGAGCAGAUUUUCUUGAAAGUU